ACUGGAGGUGGCAGUUAGCUACUUUGCAUGACACUUCACUGUGGCACAGUGGUUAGCUUCAGCUGUGGUCCUCACAAGAACAUCUUACAUGCGGUCUGAUAGCUCAGUUGUACCUGCAAAGACGCAUGGAAAUGUAUAAUGUGUUGAGUUCACAAGUUUGAAUGGAUAUGGCUUUAGUAAUGUGGGCCGUGUGUGUGUUACAUCAUUUUGGGCCCUGAUUUAUAAAGCGAGUUUAUCAAAUAAGCCAGGCUAAUUGAUUUGGUUCCAUGAAGCAAUUCAACAAGCUCAUGAUGCUUAAAUGUAUUAUACAACGCGAAGAUUGCAACCUACAUGUUAGUUAAUGUGACCUUAAAGAAACUGAUUCAUUAGGUUUCUUCAAGUCUCUUUUUGUAGUGCGCAUUAUGGAACAGGUCUCCUGUGGUUAGAGUUUGUAUUUGUGAAUAGUGUUGUCAUUGUCUCCAUGACUACCUCCUCCUUGUCCCACGAAAACACCAGGACCUAUCAGAGUUCUCUGCAGCUGAGGUGGCUCCUCCCCCUCCAGCCCUUCAUGCCACACCCCGACAUGCCAAGCCCGAGGUACCUCCUCCUCUUGACAGCCUCUCAUGUGCCCUUCACGAUGAUCACAACUUCCAGCGCUGUGCUGAUUGGCUGCCAGUUCAGCAGCUCCAUACUACUACUACUACUAGUCCCCUUUCUGCCUUCCUCUGUGCUGUUUCAGGGAAUCCCUAAUGAACCCAGACCUCUGUUGGCUGACCUGCCAGAUAAACUUGCCCAUCCCUUGUUGCAUGGUUCUUCCAAAACCAAACUGCCAGCCCAGUCUUUGUCCCUGCCCAAGCCGGCAGUCAAGACCCAACAGAAGAGGCAGUCCCUUCCACUGCUAAAGCCCAAAGCCAUGUCCCAGCCCCGGUCCACUAGUGCUGUCUACCUGGUCAGGCCUGAUAGCCCCUCACACUCCCCUAAAGGGAUGCAGCUCCUUCAGCCCACCUCUGAGGCUGAGCCUGUCCUGCUCUCCUCUGUCACUGAGGGGUCGGCUGGCCUCAAACCCGGAGGCCCCUCAGGGAGGAUCCACCUCCACAGGCCUCCCCAGGGCCACAGGCCUCCCCAGGGCCACAGGCCUCCCCAGGACCACAGAGCCCCUGACAGUACCCACUGUCUCCCCACCUGGCAACCCAACUGGAAGGUGUUCUCUCUCACACACUCACUGGGUGUUGGUUAGCCCGAAGAUUACUGGUCACGUUGUGGUGCAUGGUUACGGUUUAGGCUAAAUCUAGCUCUGAAAAGAACUGAUCUAUUAGUUUUGUUUUAAUACGAACUGUGAGAAGGGACUGGGGAUAUUUCUGACUGUGUAUUGAUUUAUUGACUCUAAGCCCAGUGAAGAGGAUUUCAGUCUUCCUCUUACGCCAAUCCAGUCUGCUUCUCCUUCGCCAGUCUCCCUGCUCAACACUGCCUUGAUUCAGGUUAGAAUCUUGGUAUUGACUCGCCACUACUGAACGCAAAACUCCUAACAUUUGACAUUUCACCUCUGGUCAUCUCAGGAUCCUGACCAGAGUGUUGAUGCUCCUGUAGGGAAGAACACAAGACCCCAACGACUAGCUUCGGUUGGUAGACCUUCUCAACAUACCCAACCAAAAGUCCCCAAUAUGGGGAAAAAAACAUGUUAAAUGCAGAUAAAUCAGUUAUGUUUCAGAGAUAUACUAUUGUACUGAUCAAGUCUACUCCUAUCCUAGUACAAGGUUUUUCCUCAAGAGGUCUCUCCCCUCUUGGUUGGCCUGCCCUCCAAGCCCUCUACCUGGCCCCAAACCAGAGUAGACCCAGGUUCCUUCUGCUUCAGUCCUGUGGGCCAUAUCUCCUCCACCCCACUCCCCACACAGCUCUCUGCUCACGCUGGCUUCGCCCAGUUUGAUUCACCAGAUGAACUUUUGUCUUUGGUACAGUUUUGUUUUCCCCUCACAAUGGGUGGUUAGGGUUGCACUGCUGUGUCUGAAGGUGAUUUAAAUGUAAUCUCACACCUGGUAUAGUUAUGAACACAUGUCUGAUUGAUUAUAAAUGGUGCUGUGUGUGUGUGGCAGAGGAUGAAUGAAAGCAGCUGUUCAGUGUGUGUUGAUGAACUGACAGUUGCAUGACAGCUGAAGUAUGGGGACUAACCUCUCACCCCCUGGCUUACGGGUUUACACACACACACACACACACACACACACACACACACACCUCUCUGAGCAGGAUCAUCAUGAGUCUACAGAUGUGCCUCUGCCCAAGGGGAGGCAUUCGAAGAUCCCCCUCAUCCGGCCGUCCACUGUCACCCCAGUCAGGAGGUGUGGUGGGGUCUCCCUUCUCUCCAAGGACCCAGGGCUAGGAGAGGUAUCCAUUGAGCUCUGCGGGACAAUACCAUUCCUCUUGGUCUCUGGUGGUCACAGGAGAAUUAGUUCUGGGCCUUUCACCAAGGCAGGGUGGCCUGGUCGGUCAGUGUAUUACUCACAAGGGGUUGCUUGGAGGAAAACGGGGACGAUCUCACAACUUUUCUUCAGUCAGACAUGAUCCAAAAGGCACUUCUACAGUGGUGGUCACUUUGACAUGCUAAUGUUAGCAAAUGGGUGUCUAGCAGCAUAUGACAACCUGCCUCUAAAUAUGUCUUGACUCAAUGACGCAUGUG